AUGUCCGAAAGGGACGAUCUUCUCUCCCAACCCCCCACCUGUUCUCCCCCUCUCUCCACCCUCCUUAUUUCCCUCAAAAUUUUCCUCAGAAACAAACUACUUUUCCUUUCCCUAUUUGCCCUCACCACACUCCCCCUCUCCUUCCUCCUCGUCUCCCUCUCCCAUUCCUCACUCCCCUUCAAGUCCCACGUCCUCCACCUGGAAGCCGUCGCCCACCUCUCCUCCACGCGCUUCGAGGCCCGCCACGUCUGGAAGGACUCACGCGCCCACGCCCUCUCCCUCCUCAAACUCAAGGUCCUCUUCUUCCUCCCCUCCUAUUUCCUCUCCCUCCUCGCCGCCGUCACCGCCGUCAACUCCACCGCCUCCUCCUGCCACGCGGCCCGCCCCACCCUCCUCACGGCGUUCACCGCCGUCAAGCUGACAUGGAAGCGGCCCUUCGUCACCACCAUCCUCAUCUACGCCCUCUCGCUCUUGUACGCCCCGGUCCCGCGCGUGUUAGCCCCUCUAACCGGAUCGCCAGGGUCCGAGUUUCUGGUGCUUGUAAUCGGGUCGUGUUUCGAGAUUUACUUGAUGGCGGUUCUGAGCCUCGGUCUCGUGGUGUCGAUCGUGGAGGAGAGGCUCGGCUGGGAUGCCAUUCGUGUCGGGUCGGAAAUAAUGGCGGGCAGGAGAUUGUCCGGGUGGGCGCUGUCGGGUUUGUUCGUGUUGGUAUCGGGCGUGAUCUCGAGAGAUCUGCAGAGGAUGAUGGACGGUCUGGAUUCGCCUUUAGAGUCAACGACAUCGACGGUGAUGAUGGUAGCGACGGGGUUUAAAGAUAAAGUGGGGUUAAUCUUUUUGUAUGGGAUAGUUGUGCUUUGGAGUUACAUUGUUACCACAGUUUUUUACUGCGAGUGUAGAAAGCGACACGUAGGUAGGGGUGAAGAUGAGAGCGUAACAGUUUAG